AUGAAACCCCCGGGGAAGGAGGGAGCCGCCAGGGAGCAGCUCCGUCCACGCCGGGAGGGGGGCAGUCAGGCGACGCCGGGACUCCCACCGACGAUCAUUCCGGAAGGUUCCCAGGCACCGGCGCCCUCGGGUAUUGGGAUUCCAAAACCCACAGAGCCACCAGGUCAGCCGCUGACACCCUGCAUGAGGCCCAGCAGAGAGGUCGGGGACCGAGUAAAGGCUUCCAGGCCCCCACAGUUCUGGGAGACUGGCAAGCUGACCAGCGGCAGGUGGCGCGAUCUCACCGAUGGGGAAAAACAAGAACAUCUAAAGGACUACGAAGCAGAAAAGGCAGAGUGGGCAGAGUCUCCGAAGGCCGCCGAGCCCCGCCCCCCGCGCCUCGCCUACCCCGAGCAAAAGGGUCGUGCAGACGCUGCUGCGGAGGAAGAAAGUCCACGGAGACCGUCUCUCGGGGAGAAAGGCGAGCCCGGAAGCAGUCAGCCCGCCCGAGGUGCAGCCGAUUACGGGGGUGGCUUUGGGAAACAGACCGCCGCCCGGCUGCGGAGGAGCCUCGUCGGUGAACUCCUUGGUGAGAGCGCGCGGCCUGGCAUUCGGUCUGCGGUCACCACAGCUGGAAGGCGGGUCCUCAGACGACAGGUCCAGCCCCUCGUGGGUCACCAGCGAAAACUAGACGCCAAACGUCUUCGGACAGGGAAGCGACACCCAGAAAAGAGGACGUUCCUGGACAGCGCAGGUUCCUUUGGCAGUGAACCUGAAAGGCUGGGGGGCUGGAGACAGAAGCAGGUGCAGGAAUAA